AUGAUUUUCAAAAGUGCGAAAUAUCCUCUCGCUACUAUCAAUAAGCUUCUCGACGUCUUCGGUGACAAUCAAGCCAUUGGUAGUGAUAUCGGUUGCAGCUUAUCUAAGACAGUCACCGCCAGCUCUAUACGAGACAAAGCCUUCGAUCGUAAACUUUCGCUGUCGGUGAAUGCAUUCCACGGACAUGCUCACAACCGCAAAUGCCAGCUGCAGUAUCACCCCAUGUACCUACGUGGCUUCGGACUUGAAGAUCUCGAAACUUGUGAACAUAUUUUUGCAAGCUUGAACGCUGCAGCGUGUCUCAUUCAUCAUGCAUCGCAUUUUCACUAUGGUCAGUUCCUAGACCUGCAUUUCGACCAAUGGGACAUGGAUAAAUAUUUGGAACUCAGCCACUUUAUUUUCAAUAACUACAAACAAGUGGUUACCCUGAUUGAUGAUUUUACCAAAGAACUCAACGCCUACCGCUUAUCCUUUCCUGACCAAGCCAUGGAUUUCGAGACUUGGGUAACUGAAGAACUCACAUAUCUGGAGUCCGUUGCAUCGGAGCCUGCACGCGACGCUCUCGCAGUCGAUUACGUUGAAGCGCUUGAGAAGCUCAACACGUACCAGUAA